GUCGAGGCUGGCGACUAUUGCGCUGCAAUAUUGCUGAAAUUCAGUCUUGCACUCUCAGACUUUUACUUCCUCAACCCUCAAGUGGAUUCAACCUGUAGCAAUCUAUGGGCCAACACUUCUUACUGCGUUAAGCCCGUUGGAAACAUCGAGACUUACUCUGGCUACACGACUGCUACGGAAGCAACCACGUUCACACGUCCAGUAACAACAACCGACUUCGUGCCCAGCUCCAUCCAGACAGCUACCUUGCAGCCCACAGCCUCUGGCACUAUCAGUGACUGCUACGUGUAUGAGAACGCAUUUGACGCCAAUUCGAAGAUAGAAUAUCUAUCCGCAGCAGACUCGUGCUCUAGUUGGGCACACUUUGCCAACGUCACUGUCGAGCAGUUGUUGGAGUGGAAUCCCAGCCUCUCGGCAAAUAAUUGUGUACUCCAAGCAGGGAAAAGCUAUUGCGUACAGAAAUGGCGGACUCCUCGUAAGGCAUUCCGUUAUGAAAUUUUACCUACCCUUGAGCUCAGCGCGUUGCGUGUUCACUGA